CGGUGCCUCUUGGACGGGGCCGGGCCGGAAUCGAGGAAUCAUGGGCCGACGAUUUAUGAAUGGAAGGCGACCCGGGCACCGCGUCGUCGCCGAUACCCGGCGAGACGCGGCGCGCCGCGCCGUUACGGGGGCCCCAGUGACGAGAUACGGCUUUCCCCUCUCUAUUAACCCCGUGUUCCCUCGUGGACGCCUCGAGGUCGGGCCCCGUCGCGUUUACGAGCCCCCUAUACGCACCGACGGGGCUCGCUUUAAACAAAAUUCACGCGACGAACUGAGCGACGAAAAAAGGAAGAGACGGCCGCCGCCGCCGCCGUCGUCGUCGUCGUCGUUCCCCCUCUUUCACCACUGCCCCCCCGCCGACUCUUCCUACAGUUCGAAACGGCACCACGACAAAUCCCGGUGACGUAAUUUCAGACGGUCGUCGAACCGGAGACCUCGAGCCACGAGACCCACGGGACCAGCGAUGGGACCGUGUGCGUAGCUACUCCGAUCUCGCCGUGUAUCGAUUGAUUUUUAUGUGUAAUUUCCUGUUACGUUGCUUUUUAUGGCGUGUCAGGCUGACUAUAGCUGGUCACUUCUGAUGUUCGAGGAAUUGUACCGUUUGAUGGAUUGGGAACGAUCCUUGUGUGACUGUUUUGGACGCGAUUAAUCGACGGUGAUUAAGUGCUUCUUUCUGAAUAGCGAUGGGACCAACAUGCGAACGGAGUGAUCGGUUUCUUAUGAAUGUCCCACGCGAGAAAAUGAAUGCGUCGCAAUCGUGGAAACGUUAGGCGUUUCAUUCGGUGGCUGCAGAAACAAGGUACUCGGGUUAUUAAAAUUCGCCAAGGUGUACGGCAAACUAUGUACCUAGACCUACCGCUGGCGACAACUUUCAUUCAUCCUGGGUGGGGAGCAGCGAAUACCCAAUGCACACGUGCACGCGGCACGCCGCGCCUCGAAUCGCAAUCGCGAAAUUCUUGAUGGCGAGCCGACGACUCUUCGGGGACGGAGAAAGUUUUGGUUCCGCGGUUAGGCGCGCGGCUCCUCUUACCUGGCAACUAUUUCACGGCGACCGUCGAUCAGUUAGAAAGAUUCGGAUACCCUCUCUCUCCUUGCAUUGUUUCAGGGAUCAUGGGAUCGACGUGUCACCUGACGGUGGCGAUCCUGCUGCUCGUCCAGUCGACACUUCUUCUUGCACACCGAGAGCACAAGGUCCACAACAUUGUGCUGUACCCCGACAAACACAGCUGGUGCAAGACAACUCCGAUCAAGCAGGUGGUCACAUGGCCGCAGUGUUCCUCGCAGGAGCUGGACAACAACGUGUGCGUUGGCGCCUGUUUCUCGUACAUGGUGCCCCAUAGCGAGCCGUCCGCGCCCGGCGACCUGAUCAGACCGUACUGCGACUCGUGCCAACCCCUUGACAGCGUGUGGCACACGGUGACUCUGAACUGCAAGGAUGAAGAGAACAACCCCGUCACGAUGCAGAAGAAGGUUCAGAUCAUCACGAACUGUUCCUGCAGCUCGUGCAUGGAGACGUCGAGGAUCAAGCCAGACUACAACACGCUGCUCCAGUCGCUGACCGAGGAGAACCUGGACAAGAACGUGAACAUCGUGCACGAGACGCCGGAUCUGCUGUUGAACCCGAACUUAAACGCCUCGAAGAACACGACGAGGGACGGUGUGAAGGCCGACGAGAGAUUCCUGCAACUUUACAAACAGCUGAAGGACUCGGAAAAGCUGGACGAGUCCGGGGCUAAGGAGUUGUUCUCGAAGUUCGAGGAGGACAUCGACCUAGAUAAGCUGAGGGAAUUAUUGAAGAAGUACGGCCAGGAGGAGGAGAGGCAGCACUCUCAUCAGCACCAGCAUCAGCAUCAGCACCAGUCUUCUUCUAAGCAGCAACAGCAACAACAGCAGCAACAACAGCACCACUCGACGACGACGGUGCUCCAUAGAGGACCGCAUCAUUCGAUGGUGUUGGACCCCGACGUGAAGGAGAAGAUCGACGUGGAGCCGCACUAUCUUCAUCCGGCGGUCCCUGGACAAGAAAUUAGCUACCACGACAAUGGUCUUGUCGAUAAGGAUAAGAAGAAAGAUUUUUGAGCAAACAAAAGGGCGUCGUUCCGGUAGCGAAGGAAAGGUAGCGGGGCUGGUAGUAGUCUUCGAUCGGGGCUGGCCGAUGAGCCGACGGAAGACAUUGCUUGGUUUUUGAUCGAGAACCGCUGUACACCGCACGGGGAUGAUCGUUUUAUCGUUUAGGAUCAUUGACAUUCAGCCUAGUCCAGUCCGCAGUCGAUCAUUCGGUUCGGUUCGGUGAAACUGAUUGGCGGAUAUUCGGUUUUUUCGACGGGAUCGUUGGGCA